GCAUGACCCUUCCCGUCUGUGAGAAAGCCAGAGGGAACAGGCCUGACUCAAUGCGUUUCUAAGCUGUCGAAUGUGUGGCUGCUGGAAUUGAGACGGAGGUUCUGGUCAAUCUUUGUCAGGCCACAAGCAAAGUUUCCGUGGCGGAGGCGAAUUGUGAAAGAAACGGGGUGAUGUCCUGGCCCCAGUAUGCUGUGCUCCGCAGCAGCAGCUAGUUCUUCUGUGUGCUUCGUAGGCAGUCUGUAUAAUGCGCUGGGUCCUUUGCUCCUCUCUCGCCGCCGCCUGUGCAAUUGCAGCGCCAAACACACGGCAAAAACACGGCACGGCACAAACAUGCUGACCCUCAUCAGGGCGUCUGGUGGGUAUAGGCAGCAAAGCCAGACUGAAAUGCAUGAAGCAAUGCUGCCUACCUGCCUGCUGCCUGCCUGCCUGCCAACCUGCCAAUCUGCCUACACUGGCCUACAUUAUGCUUACAAGUAGGUACUAGGUAGUCUCUCAUGUACUAUGCUCGUGUUAGCAGCAGUAGGUCUCUUUGUCCAACCAUUAGAGGCUCCUUCGUCAAGUCAUCAUGACACG